AUGGCGGGAACAGCCGGCGAAAGAGAGCAGCUGCUUCCAAAAAAAACUUCUUCGACUUCAGUCGUGUGGAGUUGGUUUGGAUUUACGGCAUCUGACGAGGAACAGACAACACCGCGAUGCAAACUAUGUCUUAAAGCUGUUGUUGUUGCUGGCAGCAGUACGACAAAUCUGUUUCAGCAUUUAAAGCGAAGACAUGCGGCUGAAUGGGAGAAGUGUUGCCUUCUUCGUAAAAAAAACCACUCUAGUGGCGUUAGCGCUAGCACCCCGUUUGCAAAGCAAACAACUCUUCCACAAAGCUUUUCAAACAGUUUACCGUAUGAGAAGAGCGGGGCAAGGUGGAAAGCCAUAACGGAGGCAAUUACCCUCUACAUAGCUAUGGAUAUGCUGCCAGUUUACUCUGUUGAGAAGAGAGGCUUUAACAAUAUGCUAAAAGUUUUGGACGCUCGAUAUACAGUACCUAGCCGCAAGUAUUUCUCUGACGUUGCUCUUCCUCAGCUAUAUAAUAACACUCGGCAAAAGAUAAUAAGCGAGUUGAAGGGAAUUGACUUUUACGCUGCCACUACUGACCUGUGGUCGAGCCGAACAAUGCAGCCUUACAUGUGUCUUACGGUUCAUUAUGUCAGCGAGAGCUGGGACAUGCGAAGCGUCUGUCUCCAAACGUCAUAUUUCCCCCAGGACCAUACGGGCCAAACUAUUGCAUUAGAGUUAAAGGAUGCUCUAAACUCCUGGGGCCUUUCAGAAGAGCGCCUUACCUGUAUGACGACCGACAGUGGCUCAAAUGUAAUCAGAGCUAUGAAGGACAAUAAUUGGCCAAACCUCAAGUGCUUUGGACAUCGACUGCACAAUGCUGUCGUGAAUGGUGUGAAAGAUGAAAGGAUUGACCGUGCCAUUGGAGUGUGUAAAAAGGCAGUUUCUGCCUUUUCAUAUAGUUGGAAAAAAAGACGGGACAUGGCAGAGGUUCAGGCAGAGCUUGGUCUUCCUCCUCAUCAAUUGGUAACAGAGUCACUUACAAGAUGGGGUUCGCGUCAAAAAAUGAUUGAGCGAUUUCUUGAACAAGAGAGAGCCAUCGUCCGUGUUCUGGGUGCUGACAAAAAAACCCGACAUCUUGUUCCUACAUGGCAAGAUCUGGAGGUUUUAGAUGCCAUAAAUAAAGCAGUCAAACCACUUCAGGACUUUGUUGACGCACUGUCCGGAGAAUCUUAUGUAAGUGUUUCAUACAUUAAACCUGUGCUGCAUCUGUUCAAAACGAGUCUCCUUCAGCGAGAGGAGAAAGAUGUAGAUCUCACUGCUACAAUAAAAAGAAACAUUAUGUGCUACCUUGAACAGAAAUACAGUGACCCUGAGAAUGACGAGCUCCUGGACAUGGCUUCACUAAUGGAUCCACGUUUCCGUACCAACUACAUUACCCCGGACAAGUUGGACAUUAUUAAGAAAAGAGCUGUCACUGAGCUCUCUGCCCUCUGCUCAGAGGAAGAAGGUCCUGCUGUACAAAUGUGCCAAGAAGAACAGAGCCCACCACCCAAGAAGAAAACUUUAGCUGCCUUCUUUAAAAAAGCAGCACCUGCAUCACUGUCCCACCAGACAGUAAAGGAAAAAGUCGAAGCAGAGCUCACCACCUACUUAUUGGGUCCUGAGGUGGAUCCUGACACUGACCAACUUGAGUGGUGGAAGCAGCAUCAGCCCAAUUUCACAAGACUCAGUCGUCUGGCAAGAAAAUACCUGGCCAUUCCAGCAACUAGCGCCCCAUCGGAGAGGGUCUUUAGUGUGGGUGGUGGUAUUGUCACCUGUAACCGAGCUUGCCUCAAACCUGCUGUUGUUGAUAGGCUCAUUUUCCUCGCAAAGAAUGUUUAA